AUGGAGCAACCCCCACCGGCCCGCACGCCCCUGGUGAAAGUGAGGGUAUGCAACCUGCAGUGCACCCGUGGAGCGAAGGCAGACCUGCUGUUUGCAUCGGUUGACAACGUGCGCAGGUGUGAAAAGUCGGGGUCACGCACUCACAACGAGACGGAAUUUUACAAUCUCACAGCUGCAGUAACAGGAUAUCCUCAGAGGAAAGAGAGAAACGACAAUCCUAUCACAACCCUUCUUCCACCGGAACGUGAAAACCCGCGAGGCGAUCAUUUCCCGCGCCGCAGCUCCCUCUGGCGGCUUCCGGCGUGGGCGGAGGCGCGGCUUCCGUGCGAGGGUGGAAGAGGGGCGUGUCCUGAUAACCGCCCGCCUCAAUGGCGCAUCGGCGCGGCCCCCGCGCCACAAAGGCGCGGCUUGGCCCGCGAAGGACGGACACGCCCCCCAACAGCCAACCCGGGCCCCGCCUGCUCCGCCCACCUCAUUCGCACCGUCACGCCUACCGCCCCGCGGCCCGGCCCGGCCCCUUGUGUUCCGUUCUUUUCCCUUUUACCCCGUUUGUCCCAUUUUGUAGCUUUCUAUCUUGGAUCAUUGUCCCGUUUUUCCUCCUCUCUCAUUUGGAAUAUUAAUGAGCCGAAAAUUCACGACGCGAUAUCUCUGAAAUGUGAAUCUGAAUGCCGUCAGCCACUGCAUACAUGGUUUGGAAGAGAAGUAUUUUCUUCAUUUGUCGCUGAUAGUCAGGAACUCAUGAAAAAUCCAGUAGAAAUGAAACCGUGUCUAUUAUGACUGGAAAAUGCAAAUAGUUGUUAUGUCGUCUACUUUCAUACUGCGUACACCCAGUGAAUACUCGAACUCAGUGGUUACUGGUUGAGAGAAAGAUGACUUCAUGCGAAAUCAAGGCUCGCAGGAAGAGGCCGCCUGCCAUCAAAUUUUGCGUCAUCAAGUCUUGCGUUUUGGGCAACAAUUUUUUAAAAAAGCAUUCUUGGUAUGUAAAUAACUGUUGUCUUGUGUAUCGGUCAAUACUGUACUACAUUAUUGCAGUAUUCGUGAAGACUGUUUUUGUUAAAAUAUUUGUUUUAUUAGUGUAUAAAGUAUAAAUAAAUACGAGAGUAU